AUGACAGAAACAAGCUUAGCUAAACUUCGCACCGACAGCAAGCGUCGUCAACAAAAAUGCCGAAAAAAUAAAGACAGACAUCUGCUUAAUAAACCUCCACCAAGUUCAUAUAAAAGUCGACAAUCAUUUGGCAAAGCAAUGAAAAAACAUCUAGCUGAGACUUUGGGCUUAGUUUCUAAACCCAAACAACAACGUACUACAGUUCAACUAGCUAAUCAACUUAAAAUUGACGUUUACAAUUUCUAUUUGAGAGAUGAUAUUUCUUAUCAACUACCAGGAAAAAGAGAUACAAUUGUUGUUAAAGAAGACGAUGGUAGUAAAAAAACUUACCAAAAACGAAUUUUAUUUAAUAACUUACGUGAAACUUAUAAAUUAUUUAAAGAAGAACAUCAUACUGUCGAUAUUGGCCGAUCUUCAUUUGCUACAUUGAAACCACCAUAUGUUGUACCUAAAGCUGCUUUAGCUCACAGAAAUUGUUUAUGUUUAUAUCAUGAGAAUAUUUGUUUACUUUUAAAAUCUCGUGAUAAAUACGUUACUAGCAAAUGCUGUUCCUCUUUGGAAACUUUUACGAAUAGUUUAGUUUGUAGUACCAAUAAUGAAGAGUGUAUGUUUAGUAGUUGCACACUCUGCGAAGACUUUUUUACCGAAAAAAUUGAAGAAAACAUGGCAAAUAAUAACAUUAUUAUUAAUUGGUCACAAUGGGUCAACGAAAAUAGUCGAGCUGAAAAAAAAGAAUUUUCAGGAAAUGUUGAUGAAGCAGUUUUACUAUUGAAGUCAAAAGUCGAAUAUUUUCUGUUUCAUGUAUAUGUAAAGCGAGAGCAAUCCAAAUAUUUCGAAAAGUUAAAGAGCGAAGUUAGUGAUGAAAAAAUAGUGAUGCAGGUAGAUUUUGCCGAGAAUUUCAAUAUGAAAGAACAAGACGAGAUUCAAAAAGCACACUGGAAUACAAAGGCGUUGAGUAUUUUUACUGCUUUUGUAUGGUCAGCAAAUGAAAAUUUUUCUUUUGCUUUGCCAUCUUCAGAUUUAACACACGACAAAUUUGUUGUUGAUUCUGCUUUAAAAAUCAUAUUAAAUCAUAUCAAAAGAGUUCUUCCAAAUGUUAAAGAGGUAAAUGUUUUUUCAGAUGGAGCAGCUUCUCAAUUCAAACAACGUUUUCAUUUUCGAAAUCUGUCACAAAUUGCUUCUGAACGAAAAAUACAUUUAAGUUGGCAUUUUUUUGCAACUUCACAUGGUAAGGGUGUUGUUGAUGGAAUUGGAGGUACUACAAAGCGGCUCGUGUGGUCAGCAAUUUUGGGAGGAGGAGUAUGUCGGUCUGCUCAGGAUUUUAUUAAUCUUGCUAAGCAAAAAACUAAGAAAAUAAUUUUAUUUGAAAUCACCAGAAACGAUACUGAUGAUUCGAAAAAGAAACUUGAAAAAAUUUUUGAAACGGCAAAAACAGUACCAGAGACAUUAAAAAUGCAUUCAGUUAAUGUUGUUGAUGAAAAUACAUUAGAAUUUCGAUAUUUCUCAAUCCGUUCUGAAAAAAAAACUAUAACCUAUUGA